UAAUCCAUGAAGUAUCUUCCAGGCAAUAACUUACAACGUAAUAAUUUCUUUCGCCUUUUGGCUAUGAAACAUGGUAUGUCCCCUGUCACCCCUGCAAGCAGGAGAGGGAGGGUAAACAUGGCGUCUGAGCAGGAGAGUUCCAAUGGGCCUGUGAAGAAGUCCAUGCGAGAGAAGGCUAUAGAAAGACGUAACAUCAACAAAGAACACAACAGUAACUUCAAAGCAGGCUAUGUACCCAUAGAAGAAGAACGUCUUCAUAAGACAGGGCUGAGAGGACGCAAGGGAAACAUGGCUGUUUGCAUCGUUGUCCUCCUCUUCCUCCUCGCCUUAAUUAAUCUCAUUAUCACUCUGGUAAUAUGGACAGUGAUUCGUAUUGGUCCCAAUGGAUGCGACAGCAUGGAGUUCCAUGAAAAUGGCCUGCUGCGCUUCAAACAGAAGGCGGACAUGGGCAUCGUUCACCCACUGCACAAAAGCACAGUUGGAGGGCGUAAGGACCAGGACUUGGUCCUUGUUGGCAACAAUAACCCGGUUGUGUUCCAGCAAGGCACCACUAAGCUGAGCGUAGAGAAGGACAAGACCUCAGUCGUCAGUGAUGUUGGCAUAUCCUUCACAGACCCUCGCACGCAGACAACGUUCUUUAGCACAGACUUUGAAAACCAUGAGUUCCAUUUGCCCAAAGGUGUCAAAGUCCUCAGUGUGAAAAAGGCUUCUACAGAAAGGAUUACCAGUAGUGCAGCAUCUGACCUGAAUAUUAAAGGGGACAGCAAGGCCAUCAUUCGUGGAAAUGAGGGCGUCAACAUCAUGGGCCGGACUGUAGAGUUCAAAAUGGGUGGAGGCAUCGAGCUCAAGGCUGAGAACAGCAUUGUCCUCAAUGGAUCAGUCAUGUUCAAUGCAACACGCAUCCCUAAUUCUGCAGGAGAUGUAUAUUUCGAUGAGGGUCUGGAGCGAUACAAGCUCUGCAUGUGUGCAGAUGGGACUCUGUUCCGUGUGCAGGUGAAAUAUCACAACAUGGGCUGCCAGACUUCAGAUAACCCUUGUAGAAAAGCUCAUUAGGAGACUUGACUGGAAUCUGUUGUUACAUCUCCCUACAAUUGUCACCACUCAAGUUAAAUUACAAAUUUGUGUAUGUACGACAUUUUAUCUGCGGUUCUUCAUGACUUGCACAUAAUAAUACCUCUGCAGUUCACCUGGCUAAUUCCUCAUUUUAUUUGCCAAACAGGAAUUGUGUUACAGAUUAUUGCCAGUUGGCCAAAGAUAUUAAUAUCCUUGUAAAUGCGUAGGUAUUUUUAUUGUUCUGCAGGGUUGCCCAUUUUAUCUACAAUUUAUAAUGCCAUAUCAAUGCAUAACACUCCCAAAUUAACAUUAAACUGUGGUUUAUACUGCCCAUUGACAGCAAUUAAAAACUUCAGAAUUUAUGUUUUGCCUUACCGUCCAGUAUUACUAAGUUACGAACCUUACUGAGGGGUUGUGUAAGAUUUUAUUUGCUGUUCAUUGUUUCUGGCAGCUGUGUUUGAUAUUUUGUUUAUAAUAUUCACUGACAAGCCUGAGACUUUAUAUGAUUUAAAUUUUAUAAUUUGUGCAUUAUUGAUUUGAGGAAGUGUAAAACGCUAGAUACAUUUUAAGCCAUCCGGUAAUGCUAAGGCAGAGUCGGUCUGUUUCUGCACAUGUUGGACUGUGCACGUGCCAAUGGAUUUACAAGGGAUGAUUCAGAAAAUAAUAUAUGUGUAAUAUUAUAAUUUUGUUGCAAAACCUUUUUUACACUAAAAUAAUGCAACAUUGAAAAACAGAACAAGAGCCUUGCACCAAUGCUCUGUCACAUAUUAAUGCAAAGCUCUUUAAAUGUUGCUUUUCAUGACUGUCAGGAAGGUUUAAAUGUUUAGUAGCUUGGUUUGAAGCUAUACUCGAAUUUUGUGCAAUACAGUACAAAAAGUUUGACUUUGAUUUUGCUUAUAUGUAUUGUCUUGUCUGUUUUCAAACAGUACUGAUGUUGAGAAAUGUCCCGAAGUAUCAUGAAGCCUGUUGUGAGUGUUUUUGUUGAACUAAAUGACAAAAAGCAAUCAGCCUUAUUUUAAAAGUUGUCCAGCAUCUCAUUGCUAUGUUUGUUUCAAUAAAGAAGCACAACAUGUUGCUCUGUGAAACUUAUUA